GCCGCCAUUGGUGGGAGGACUACCGCGACAGGUAUCCGUGGUAGAUGCGCGGCAAACAGCGUUGAGUAAAGACGUUUCUUUGGUUGUUUGUAUCUUAAAGAAUUUGUUGGCACGAAUGACGCCGGUAAAAUUAUUACAAUUCGAUUCAUCUAUUUUUAUAGUGGUAUUAAACGGUGAUGUGGUGUGAAAUGUGUUGUUCGUAUUAAUCUUCAAGCUUCGUGAAAUCUCUUUUGCUAUAGGAUCUUAGGCGCAGCAUCGUAAACAUACAGUAACAGUGACGAGGCCAAAAUGAGCUGCGCUUCACAGUGUGCCAAGUAUUUUCUCUGUUUCUUCAAUUUCGUUUUCUUUGUAGCCGGAGGAGCUGCAUUGGCCGUUGGAAUUUGGCUGUGCGCCGAUAGCAAUUCUUUUGCUGAUGUCAUCGGCAAGCUUGACCAGUCAGAUAUUCUGAACAAAACGGAUGCAGAUGUCAUCAAGAUAAUAUCAUAUAUCUUGAUUUUGGCAGGAGCACUUACCUUUCUGAUUAGUUUCUUAGGUUAUUGUGGAGCAAUGUUUGAAUCUCGAUGCCUUCUCUGCUUUUAUGGUGUUGUUAUUCUUCUGAUCUUAAUUCUGGAAUGUGUUGUAGUAGGUUUAGCAUUUGGACUUAAAGGAGAUACAGAGAAGACCACACAAAACUUCCUGAAGUCCACAAUUAAAUAUUAUGCCAGUAAUGCUGAUAACACAGAAACAGUUACAGUUGCUUGGGAUGGUAUAAUGACACAGUUGCACUGCUGUGGAGUAGAGAGUUAUUUAGAUUUUCGAGAGAGUACAAAUUGGACAUCUACAGAUAAAAUUGUUCCAGAAGCAUGCUGCAUAAAAGAGAACAAUGUAUUGAAAGAUUCAUCCUGUCCUAUCAACCCUACUCCUAAUAACUCGUAUCAACAGGGUUGUUAUAAUGCAAUACUGAGGACAAUUGAAGCUAACCAGGCAAUAGUAAUUGGUGUUGCAAGUGCAUUAGCACUUCUCGAAAUUGUGGUCAUCGCUUUAGCUUUACAUCUAGCUUGCUGUCAUUGGCGACCACAACACGCUUGCCUCGACAUGUCGUCGAAACAGGCUUGGUGAAUAAACAACAAUGGAGAUGUUGUAUUUGCAUUUUUCAAUUUUAACUUGUUGGUGCUGCUGUUGACCUGAUACACUAACAGCGAACUCUUCGCACCUCCUUGGCUUCUCCUUGGUUUCCUUCGAAACUAGCCCAGGAUAUAUAUUCACCACCUACUCCAUUAUAUUUUAUUACCUUCUUAAAAGAUAUCAUACAAAUUGAACAUUUUUGAAUGUCUUUUACUAUGCAAAUAAGAAUCAAACUUGUACAAAUAUAUUGUAAUUAUUUCAGAAAAUUAAGUCAUUCAACUAAUCAUUAAAAUAUUUUGCCGAAUUUAAAAUAUUAUCGUUUCACUUUUUUAAAGUGAAUUAAUUGAAAAAUUCACUUAUUCAAUAUCAAUUUUGAUUUUGUAAAUAAAUUAUUGCAAGAUCAAAUACAAGAGAUUAGAAAGUAAAGUUUAAUAAAGUUACACAUGCUUGCGCUGAACUACUUUGUAUGUACAUAUAAAAUAAUUGACACAGAAUAUUAUAUCGCAUUAUUUUUUUAAGUUGUAUUUACCAUAUUAUAUUAGCGUGUACAGAUAACAUAUAUUGUAAUCCCCGUUUUUAUAAGAGAAAUUAAAUUGUACAAUGUUUUAUA